AUGUCCAAGAUCACCAACCCGGGCUACGUCGUGUUCAACAUCGCCACGGCCGGUGUGUUCAACGCCAUCUACAAGUCGUUCAAGACCGUCACGAAGAGCCUCAUGUGCGUCUUCAACAUCUUCAACAUCGCCGAAGGCAUCUCCCGCUACAUGCGCUUCCGACAGACCAUGGCGCCCAACGGCACCAAGGAGGACAUCCUCAUCGCCGUGUACCAGACCGACAUGUUCCUCGUCGACCUGCCGGUGGCCAUCACGGCGUGUCUGGGCUACGAAGUGCCGCGAUACGCCUACUUCGCAGACGCAGUGGUCACCGCGGCGGAGACUAUGGUCAAGCAGCUCAUGAUCAACCACAACCUCAUCAUGAGCUCGCUGGACUCGUUCCUGGCCUUCUUCCGGAACUCGACGGUCGGCAACGCGACGGAGCUCGACUCGGUGACGGUGGCCAACCUCACGUCCAUGAUCGACUCGGGCUCCAGGUGCGGCUUCAACCUCAAGCGCCUCACUGACCGAGUCAUCGCUAAGGUGACGGACAUUCGGGAGGAGAACCCGCUGGCCACGAACGAAGACAUCCGCACCAAGAUGAGCAAGACGCCGAUUGUGCUGAAUGACGUCCCCACGGUCACCAACAAUUGCAUGGGCGAGCUGCUUAAGACGAAGAAGCCGUACGCCGCCUACCAGACGCGCGACACACUGCGGAAAACUUUUGGAGUGAUCAUCGACCAACUCAUCGACUCGUCGACCACCGACAUGGGCAAGGCCAUGUCUCGAGAGGAGUACUGGGUCAAGACGGCCAACUUCGGGCUGCAAGGACUCUCGGCCAUGGACCCCACGGGCAUCGCCUUCAUGAUGUUCAACUACGUGCAGCCCGUGUGCGGCCCGACCGAGUUUAUUGGAGAGAUCGACGACGGAUCCUGCGAAGACGCACUGGGGCUUACUACAGUUGACGACGCGUUCCGAGGCAGCAAGGGCAAGUGGAAGAAGAAGGGCGACGGGGUCGUCAAGAUCAAGUUCGUCAGCUCCGACACGAGGGACGUCAAGGUGCGGAUCCAUUCAGGCGGCAAGAAGUACGCGUCGGUCAAAGUAAACUCGGGUAGGACUGUCACGUGGAAGUCGACGGUGGAGGAGCUCAAGGACAAGACCCUGUACUUGGACCGCUGGCGUCCCGGUUUCCUGGGUCUGCCCGGAACGGGCGGCGGCUCGCUCCUGCUGUGGAUCCCCAGGUCUUCCGAAGGCGGUCACUUGGAAAUGACCGUCAAGAUCAACAAGAGCUAG